AUAACCAAUAAUACCGGCGCUGAUAUACUGUUGCAAACCAUAGGCUGGGCUAUUGGCGACUACCUACUCACAUGUCCCACGAAAUUGUUUGCCAUGUCUGUCCAUAAGGCCAGUGAGAAUACCCGAGUGUUUGAGUACUACUUCAACACCAAGUUUACAGCCGGCGCUCAACUAUUCUGUUCCGAUUUGAUGGGUGUCUGUCAUUACGACGACGUCUACCUGGCGUUUGGGCUACCGUUCCAAGAGUACGACCGGUAUGGCAGAAGGGAACGGGAGGUGUCGGCAGAAAUGAUUAAGGCUUUCACAUCGUUUGCAUGGGAGGGAAAGCCUACCGUACAGUCCGGUAUAACCAAUAAUACCGGCGCUGAUAUACUGUUGCAAACCAUAGGCCGGGCUAUUGGCGACUACCUACUCACAUGUCCCACGAAAUUGUUUGCCAUGUCUGUCCAUAAGGCCAGUGAGAAUACCCGAGUGUUUGAGUACUACUUCAACACCAAGUUUACAGUCGGCGCUCAACUAUUCUGUUCCGAUUGGAUGGGUGUCUGUCAUUACGACGACGUCUACCUGGCGUUUGGGCUACCGUUCCAGGAGUACGACCGGUAUGGCCGAAGGGAACGGGAGGUGUCGGCAGAAAUGAUUAAGGCUUUCACAUCGUUUGCAUGGGAGGGAAAGCCUACCGUACAGUCCGUCGUCAUUAGUAUCAUCGGUUUGGUUGUCGGCCGUGACAUUAACAACGCCGGACUGUCACUCAUCAAGGAAAUGGAGGGGGACUGGAGAGCCGACUACUAUUACGACGAAAUCGGUCAAAAAACAAUUGGCUAUGGACAUUGCUGCGUCUACCACACGUGCGAUCAGCUGCACCCACCCCUAACUGAGGCUCAGGUUACACAGCUCUUGAGAACUGAUCUGGCUGAGUUCCAGAAUUGUGUCCAAAAUGCCGCCCCUGGACUUAAUGACAACCAGUUUGCUGCCUGCACGUCAUUUGCCUUUGACAUGGGCUGCGGUACGUUCAAUGGGUCGCACGUGUUGUCCAACAUUAAGGCCAAGAAUUUCAACGCCGCCGCCAAAGCCUUCAAUGAGUACGUCUCGGUGGGCGGCCGUGUGAUCGCCGAUCUCGUCAAACGUAGGAAACGCGAGGCACAGCUGUUCCGAUCGUAGAUACCUGUCCACCACCAGUGUCUCAGACGUAUAAAUGACCUGUGCAAAUUAAUUUUUGUGUAAUUGCUAAAUAAAAUAAAAAUUAGUUUAUAAAUUGUGUUUGAAUUUAGUUUUUAU